GUUUGAAGAAAUAUUUUUGUUAUUUUAACUAUUUUAGUUCAAGAUGAUUUAUCUCAAGAUUAUUCCUUAAUCUACUCAACACCAAUUAUUAAUUUCUGCUUAGUAUCUCAAACUUUAAGAGAUAUCAAAAAUUUAUUCCAGAACUAUCUUUUCUUCUACAUAAAAACUAUCUUUUCUUCUUCAUAAAACUUAUUUCAGAAUUAUCUCUCCUUAUACAUCAUAUCAAACACAUAAUUCAAAAGAAUUAAAAAAAUUGAUUCAUAUCAAACACAUAAGUCAAAAGUUUUUAAAAAAAAUUGAUUAAUUUGAAGUUAUUUGUCGAUGAGAGAGGGAGGUCAAAAGUUCAAAUUUAUGCACCUUUAAGGUUUUUUUUGUAAAUCAUCAAUUUUGAUGGGCUAGUCAAGGAAGAUAUGUUGUGCAAUGUACCACGCAACCCUUUUGUCGGUGUAAGAAUCUGCAAUGGGUGUGGGGCGUGAAGUGUGCAUCUCAUUGGAGAAUGUAAGGUACAAGAACAUGAUGCAACUGAAAAAGAUCAACACUGUACUCUUCCCAGUUCGUUACAGUGAUAAAUACUACUCCGAUGCACUUGCCGCUGCUGAUUUCACCAAGCUAGCAUAUUAUAGUGACAUUUGUGUAGGCUCAAUUGCAUGUCGACUUGACAAGGAAGGUGAAGCUGUUUGUGUUUAUAUAAUGACUUUGGGUGUUUUAGCUCCAUAUCGUGGUCUAGGUAUUGGUACAAAGAUGUUAAAUCAUGUUCUUGAUCUUUGUAUAAAGCAGAAUAUCAGAGAGAUUUGCUUGCAUGUGCAGACAAGUAAUGAAGAUGCCAUCAACUUCUAUAAGAAAUUCGGCUUUGAGGUCACCAAUACCAUCCAAAACUAUUACAAAAACAUCACCCCACCACAUUGUUAUGUCCUAACCAAGUUUAUCUCUCAAACAAAGAAAUGAUACGUGAGAGCUGACUUGGUUGAGGUUUCAUCGAGCCCUUGACAUAGUUUUGAAGUUCUGAACCUUCUGGUUUUAGUUUUUUUUAUUUAUUGGGGGCAGUAUACACCAAUUCUUCGACUACACCAAUUCUUGGACUACCUCUCUUUUUUGCAUGAUGUUAAUGUGCAGCAAGUGGUUUUGAACUGUUUAAGAUGUAGGAGACUUCAUGGUAAAACAGAAUUCAGUUACUAUUAUUUAAGUCAUGAUUGAUACCCUAAUGGUUAUAUCAUAUAUCAUUCAAACUGAA